AUGUCAGCUCUCCAUGUUUGUGAUGAAGUCAUUUGCUUGAACUUCAAGGACGGCAGGUGUGCAAAAGUAGAAGGUCCCGCAGAAUCAGGUUUUUUUCCUCCCAUACAGAAAGCCACGAAGAAAACGGACAAACCCCGGCCAGAGGAGAAGGAUAACCUCGAUGUAACGGAGCUCAGCAAUGAAGAUCUUCAAGAGCAACUUAUGAAAUAUGGGAUAAAUCCUGGCCCAAUUGUAGCUACUACCAGGAAACUUUAUGAGAAGAAGCUGUUGAAGCUGAUGGAACAUGGUCCAGAGCUGAAGUCUGCUGUGCCUCUCCCCACAGUCACCUCAUCUGCUGAGAACACCAGGCAGAAUGGAAAUAACGAUUCUGACCAGUACAGUGACAAUGAGGAAGAUCCAAAGACUGAGCUGAGGCUUGAGAAGAGAGAACCACUAAAAGCCAAGACAAAAGCUCCAGUAGGGCUCAAACAGAGAAGAGUUGUUGAACACAACCAGACCUAUUCUCAAGAUGGAGUUACUGAGACUGUCUGGACAAGUGGAUCUUCCAAAAGUGGACCUCUGCAGGCAUUUUCUAGGGAGUCUACAAGAGUGUCGAGAAGAACACCAAGGAAAAGGGUGGACGCUAUAGCACAUUUGCCUGUAGAUGAUGCUGUAAUAUCAGAGAGUACUCCCAUAGCUGAAACUGUACUGACGGCAAGCAACGAGACCCUAGUUGUCAAUAGGGUAUCCGGAAAUUUCAAGCAUGCAGCUCCUACACUAUCAAUCAGUGAGUUCUCAGACAUGCCCAGAAGAACACCAAAGAAACCACUGAUGACAGCUGAAGUGCUGGAGACAACUCAUACAGAAGAAAAACAAGUAGAGAGGGAUAUUCUUAAGGAAUUGUUCCCUUAUGAAGUAUCAACACCUACAGGAAUUAGUGCUAGCUGCCGUAGACCCAUCAAAGGAGCUGCUAGCCGGCCUAUAGAGCCCAGUGACUUCAGAAUGGAGGAAAGUUUCUCUUCAAAGUAUGUUCCAAAAUAUGGUACCACAACAGACAUCAAGGCGGAGAAGCCACCAGUAAAAGAACGCUCCAUUCCCCUGUGGAUAAAAAUUCUUCUCGCUGUUGUUGUUUCGCUCUUCUUGUUUUCAAUCUACCAAUCUAUGGAAACAAAUCAAGGAAAUCCUUUCUCUAAAUAUCUGAAUCCUCCCUCUGGGGAAGGUGCCAAAUGAGUAUCUUUCAGAAAGGCACGCCCGGUUCGAUCUCCUAUUUUUAAUUGUACACAACUCUCCUGCCCUCUCAUCGGCCCAAGGACUACCCUCAGAUAAUGUGAUU